AUGCCAGGUAGCGGAGAGUUGGAUUCAGCAGAACAGCAGAUAAAGGAGCAGACUGACCAAACCGGGGUUUCAGGAGAGCCUCAAUCAGAGGAUGAUGCGGAUAUUAACCAGAUUCUAGAGGAGCUCCCAAGAGCUACAUCUGCUCCUCCUCAGUUGGCAGAACUGCAGAAAGUUUAUGGCAUCGCUCCGGACACAGGAGCAUUCGCUGGUAGCGGCGAGGGUGACGUGGCUGUCAAACCUUUCGAAGACAUCCGAAGAGACGAAGACUACGAGGAGUUCUACAAGGUGUAUUCCGGCGUGAAGAAACUCCCACCUCCCGUGGAGAAUCUCCAGCUUUACACCGAUUCGCCUCGGAUCUCUGCAAGAGAAGGCGAGAUGGGCUCCGAUGGUGGAUUCUUUGGCAGUUUGGCACUAGACGACAGCAAGCUGAGGGAAAGCAUGGAAGAGAUGAGGAGGCAGGACGCGGAGAGGGUACAGAAAGAGGGCGGGAGCGCCAAUGACGGGGCGACGCCUGGUAGCGGAGGGGACGGGACGGACGAGGAGGCCUUUCUGGAGGAGAUGCAGCGGCAGGUGGCUCAGCAGCAGGCGCUGCAAGAACGGGAGAUGUCACGAAAAGCGCUGGUUGACAAGAGGCCGGGUCAAGACGCCUCUGGAGCUAAUGGUUUGGCAGCGGCUUUUCAGGGGCUCGGUGUAGGAGGAUCUACACCCGUUGUCAGAGAUGCGAGUGCCAGUAACGAAGCUGCUGGUAGCGGAUCAGGAGAAGUCAAGGCAGGGUCCCAGCAGCAAGUGAGCAGCCCUUCUGCAAGUCAAGGCGGCAAGGACAGUCCAGUCAUAGUAGGGACGGCUAAUGUAGGCGGGUUUAUGGGAGGAAUGAGUGGCAUUUCUGCUCUUGGUUCCUCCGCCGCUGGAGGGAUCUCUGCUCUUGCAGGCACGGUUGGAGGCCCUGGUGGUAUACCACCCGCUCUUGCUGCGAGUCUGCUGGGCGGAGCUGUGGGUUUAGAUCCGUUCACGACCGCCGCGCUGCUACAGGCGAUGGGAGGAGCCUCAGGGGCGUCUGGAGCGGGCUUAGAGGAGCUUCUGGCAGCCGUGGGUGGAGGAGGAGCGGCAGGAGCUGCAGCAGGACUGGCUGGAGUAGGACUUGCAGGCGCAGCCUCAGCAGCAGGACUGCCUGUCGGAAUGGGCUUGUCAGCUGCAGCCGCAGCCUUUGCUGCCCCCAGCCAAAACAAAGACAAGGCUGUGGAGGCAGGGAAAGGCGCAGCAACUGACGCCAGCGCGAAGAAAGCAGGAUCAAGCGCCGCUGGACCAGCAACUCCCCCCCCAGGAGCUCCUCUUGCUCCCGCUGCUGCUGCAAGCUCCCCUUCUCUGGCUGGAGCCGCAGGAGGGGCACUGCCAGGACUUGGUUCCCCGGGGCUAGGCAGCCAGGGCGCGGGGCUUCUGGGUCUGGACACCCUUCUAGCUCAAGGGGGCGCCGGGCUCUUGCCUGGGAUGCUGCCUGGUGCAGCAGGCAUCGCCCCCUCGAAUCUGCACCUGUACGAGCAGCUGCUGAGGGCUAGAGCAGGCGCGCCUGGGGUGGACUUGUAUGGCGGGAUGGGAGGCAUGGCGGCAGCGGCGGCAGCAGCUGCGGGGAUUCCAGGCAUGGGUGCCGGCGCACCUGGGGCUGCUGGGCAGAGAGGGGGGUUUGGUAUGGGUAUGGGGCUGGACGGGUUUGGGCUGGGUGGGCUUGGCGCGCCUAUGGAUGCGUUUUCAGCAGCUGCUGCUCUGCAGGCUGCGAGGAUGUUCCCUGGGGCGAACCCUGCGGAUAUGCUCUCUGCCAUGGGGGGAAUCCAACAGCCACAGCAGCCGCUGCAGGUCCAGCCGCAGCAAGUAGUGGCGGGGCCGGGGGAGAAGGAUUCUAAGGAUAAGGGAGGAAAGGGGCCUUCACAAGGGGUGGCAGCAGGAUCGGAUGUGGAUAUGUCCUCGCUGCUUCAGGCACAGCAGGCUGGUUACCGCGUAGGGGCGGCUCCUUAUGUGUCUCCUGACAGAGGUCCACGUGCAGGCGGGGCAAGAGGAACCCCCCCUGGGUUUGGCGGCAGCAGUGCAGGGGCAGCACGAGGGGUGGGGAUGGGAGCCAGCGGGGCGCCCGGAAUGCUGGGGCCUGGUGGGGGUGGCAUGCGGAAGAGAAUGGACGGGGCGAGCGGGGCGAAUGGGGCGAAUGGGCUGAUGGGUCCAGGGCCGGGAUCUGGGCUGGGUGGAGGAGGGGACCUGGGGGGUGGGUCGCCUUCAGUGGGGGGGUAUUCUGGGGCUGGAGGGUUGAUGGGGGGGUAUGGGGUGGGAGGGAUGGGGAUGGGGCUGGGAUCGGCGCAGCAUUCGAAGUACUCUUCACUGGAUGAGGUGGAAGGGCAGAUGGCCGUCAUUGCCAAGGACCAGCAUGGAUGCAGGUUUCUGCAGCGUAAAUUCGACGAAGGUAGUCCAGAGGAGGUGGCGCGCAUAUUCAAGGAGAUCAAGCCACACAUGGUGGAGCUCAUGACAGACCCGUUUGGCAAUUAUCUGGUGCAGAAGGCUCUGGAGGUGUGCAGUGAGGUGCAGAGGGAAGAAAUCCUGGCCAUGGCCACGGAGAACCAGACGGACCUUGUCAGCAUCUCUCUCAACAUGCACGGCACGCGCUCGGUGCAGAAGCUGAUAGAGACGGUGACGGCCGCCCAGGCGGUGCAGCGGUUGACAGCCAGUCUGGCGGGCGGCGUGGUGACGCUCAUCAAGGACCUCAACGGCAACCACGUUGUGCAGCGCUGCCUUCAGCGCCUCUCCGCACAGCAGAACGAGUUCAUAUUCAAUGCGGCGGUGUCCCACUGUGUGGAGAUUGCAUCGCACCGCCAUGGCUGCUGUGUGCUGCAGCGCUGCAUUGACUUCGCACAGGGCCAGCAGAAGAACCGCAUUCUUGCUGAAGUCGCCUCAAACGCCCUCGUCCUCUCCCAAGACCCCUUCGGCAACUAUGUGGUGCAAUACGUAUUGGACCUGGGCCUGCCCUGGGCGAUGGAGGAGGUGGUGGUGCGGAUGCAGGGGCAGUACGCGCCCUUGGCGCAGCAGAAGUUCAGCAGCAACGUCGUGGAGAAGUGCCUCAAGCUCGCCCCAGACAACUGCCGCCACCUCAUCAUCCAGGAGCUCGUCGUCUCGCCCCUGUUGGGCCAAUUGCUUCAGGAUCCGUUCGCAAACUAUGUGGUUCAGUCCGCACUCACUGUGGCUAAGGGACCGCUGUACACUGCCCUGGUGGAGGCCAUUCGCCCACAUCUGCCGUCCCUCCGCAGCAGCCCCUACGGCAAGCGCAUCCUCGCGCGCACCAACCUCCGCCCCAAGUAG